UUUUAAUACAGGAAGUAAACCAGAAGUGUCAUUGUCUUUGGAGCGGUUGACAGGUACUCGUCAGACGCUUGACGUUAUAUAGCAACGAAUGUAAACAACAUGGCUGGAACUGAAGAAAAAGACAAUGCUGAUUCCCUAGUGGCUGAUAUUCACAAAAAAAUCACAGAAGCAUUUGACCUGUUUGACCAUGAAUCAAAUAAAACCGUUGAUGUUCGAGAGGUGGGAACCAUCAUUCGGUCACUGGGCUGUGUACCAAGUGAGGCUGAACUUCAUGACAUGUUGCACGAGAUAGAAGAAGAAGAGCCUACAGGGUAUAUUCGCUUUGAGAAGUUUUCCAUCAUGAUGACGAAGGUCCUAAUUGAAAGAAGAUACAAGCCAACACCAGAUGACCAGAUAUUGCGAGCAUUUCAAGUCCUUGACACUGAAGGAAAGGGUUAUCUCACAGUGGAAGAACUUACCAAAUAUAUGACAGAAGAAGGUGAGGCAUUCAAUCAAGAGGAGUUGGAAGAAAUGCUUUCUGCAGCAGUGAAUCCAGACAAAGGAAACAUUCAAUAUAAAGACUAUGUAUCUGAAAUGAGCCAAGAAGACACGUGAAUCUGUGAUGUACUUUGUCUUUAUUCAUUUUCAUUGUUUUGCUUUUUUGUGGAAAAUAAAUAACAUGUAACUAAUGGUUA